UGUCAGUCAACCAGUCAGCUGUCAAUUUCUAUUGGAUCGAGUCUUUGUUUUUCUCUUCUCUUGUAUUUUCGAAAAGGAAAAAGGCUGAAUUAGUUAAUUCUGUAAACAUGGUAGACGACUUGAGGAAAUAUUUGAACCAUCUACUUGAAAAGGUAAAUGGACUUCACUGUAUUUUGAUUACUGACCGUGAUGGGGUGCCGCUGGUGAGGUCGGUGACGGAGCGCGCGCCACAGCUUGCCUUGCGACCGAACUUCAUCUCCACCUUCGGCAUGGCGACCGACCAAGCUAGCAAACUGGGACUGGGCCGCAACAAGACUAUCAUAUCAAUGUAUUCGAGUUAUCAGGUGAUACAAAUGAACAAACUGCCUUUAGUAAUAACCUUUAUUGGUAGUGACAACUGCAACACUGGCCAUAUACUAUCCCUCGAGAGCCAAAUAGAACCGUUCCUGAAGGACUUAGCAGCCAUUGUGGCUGAGACACCAUAAACCUAGAAUUUGUUUAUAUUUUUAUAUCUGUUUUUUGUAUGUUUUCAAGAUGUAAAUAAUGCUAGGUUUAAGGAGGAUUCUAGUAUAAAAAUACAUUACAAUAUUGUCUCAUUAAGGCCCGAUUCGACCAAACUUUUAUCCAAGAAUAACUCAAUCACAGAAUAAAUCGUCACUUUUGACAUAUUUCCCAUACUGAAACUGUCAGUGUGCCAGUUAUACCAAGAGUUAUUCUCGGAUAAAAGUUUGGUCGAAUUGGGCCUUAAUCUAUUAAUAGAAAUAACUAAAAUAUUAUUUGGAUCAUAUGCCAAUAUAACACUGAAGUUAAUUGUAAAUUUA